UCCUGGCAGCUGUGGAGCUUCUUCCUCUUUCAUCCUAAAGCCAUGAGGCACAGAAGUGUCCGCUGGGGUGCUCCAAGCUCUGCUCCAGCGCACCCUGCAGACCAGGAAUCAUUAACUUUAAUUGCCUUUUCCUUUUUUUCGGUGAGAAGAGCUGCAGCGGGAAGUACCUGGGUUGUACCUCUGUGCAAGGAGCCGCUCUGUAAAACGCUGCUCAUCCUGGAGAGGUGUCCUGCUCUACGCUGUGGCGGCUGAUGGCAAAGGCCAGCGGCUACCCAGCGAGGCUGGCGACAACUCCCACCGUGGUGUUGGUGCUCGCAGCAGCGCGACAGACAUCUGCCGCUGAAACCUGGCCCCUCCGCCGCUGUGGGCUGUGCCCUGGGGCUCCGUCUCAACCCUGUUAGGUGCCGUUACCCACCCACCGUGCUCUUUAUUUUGGGGCGAAAGCCUCAGGCCGCCGUUGGCACGGGGGUCGCCCCAGCACGGCGGCAGUAAGAUGGCGCCGCCGGCAGCUCCCCCCGGCGCGGCGGGAAGGGGGGGGGGGGGGGGGGAAGGGCGUUGCCUGGCACCCGCCCCUCUCGCGCUGCCCCCUCCCUCGCUCCGUCGCGCGCCGCCGCCAUCUUGCCCGGGGACUACCGGAGCGGCUGAGCUCCGCCGCUGCCUUUGCCUCUCCCCCAUCCCCUCCGGCCGGGCUACCUUCUCCCGGAGAUCCGGGGGGCCGGAGCCGGCAGGAGAAUUAUUAGUAUCAAAGAAUGACAACAGCUGCUUCAGCAAGUGGAUGCAUUGUGCAAGAGGUCAUUAUUUACAGCUACCAGCUGUACUGAAAUCUUCCUUACAUUUCAUCCUUAUUUCCUGUAGAAGCAGCAAAACAACUUAGGUUUGAUGUUUUGUGUGCCAUCAGCUGAAAUUGGGGCCAUCAUGAAUAUAACCAAGGGUGGACUGGUGCUGUUUUCAGCUAAUUCCAAUUCGUCGUGCAUGGAGCUGUCCAAGAGGAUUGCUGAACGCUUAGGAGUUGAGAUGGGGAAGGUUCAGGUAUACCAAGAGCCAAACAGAGAAACAAGAGUGCAAAUUCAAGAGUCUGUGAGAGGAAAGGAUGUUUUUAUCAUCCAAACAGUUUCAAAAGAUGUGAAUACUACAAUCAUGGAGCUCCUGAUCAUGGUGUAUGCCUGUAAAACCUCCUGUGCCAAGAGCAUUAUUGGAGUGAUCCCUUACUUCCCCUACAGCAAACAGUGCAAGAUGAGGAAAAGGGGCUCUAUUGUGUCGAAAUUACUGGCUUCAAUGAUGUGCAAAGCUGGGCUAACUCAUCUCAUUACCAUGGACCUACAUCAGAAGGAAAUACAGGGCUUCUUCAACAUUCCAGUUGAUAACUUGAGAGCAUCUCCAUUUUUACUACAGUACAUCCAAGAAGAGAUACCAGACUACAGGAAUGCUGUAAUUGUGGCCAAAUCACCUGCGUCUGCAAAGAGGGCACAGUCAUUUGCUGAGCGCUUACGGUUGGGAAUUGCUGUGAUUCAUGGGGAAGCUCAGGACGCUGAGUCUGACAUGGUGGAUGGUCGACACUCCCCGCCUACAGCUAAAAAUGUAGCUGCUAUUCACCCCAGUUUGGAGAUACCCAUGCUGAUUCCCAAGGAAAAACCACCCAUCACAGUUGUGGGAGAUGUAGGAGGAAGAAUUGCUAUCAUUGUGGAUGACAUCAUAGAUGAUGUUGACAGCUUUCUUGCAGCAGCUGAGACCCUUAAGGAGAGGGGGGCUUACAAGAUCUUUGUAAUGGCCACACACGGCCUCUUAUCUUCAGAUGCUCCCCGGCUGAUAGAGGAGUCGGCGAUUGAUGAGGUGGUCGUUACAAACACAAUUCCCCAUGAAAUACAGAAACUCCAGUGCCCUAAAAUCAAGACUGUGGAUAUCAGCAUGAUCCUCUCGGAAGCCAUUCGCAGGAUCCACAAUGGGGAGUCCAUGUCAUACCUGUUCAGAAACAUAGGACUGGAUGAUUAGUGCUGCUCUAACGAACCCCCACCCCCGGCCAAACUGGAAGGGAACAGAUGAGGAGCUGUGAAGCAUCAUGCUUACCUAAAUAUUUCCAUUGAGCCACUUUUUUGUUUUCUCUUGGUUUCAGUGUCAAGGUAGAACAGUUUUAAAGAGCUUUUGGGGGUUUGUUUUUUUUUUUUCCUUUGCCUUUUUUGUAAAUUUGGAGGGAGGGUGAGUGGGGAGCUAAACGUUUUGCAGAGAACUGUUCUAGUUGCUUUUAGGUUAGUUGCACUAUACACAGGAUGGGGGUGGGGGGGAGGAGGGAAACCAACUCCACACGACACUUGAGCAAGAAUUUGGCUUCUAAGUCAAGCAUUCCUUUCCCAAAGCUGCUUGCUACAAGUGCUUUCAGAGAUACUCAGAUGAAGUGACUGUAUCCUAUUUGCAUUUUCCAAGCCAAAAAGGUUGUUCUGUUGUAUGCAGUUGAGUGGUUUUGUAGGAGUGCUUUUAUAGGAAAGCAUAUGAAAUAUGCACUUGUAUUUAUUUUCUGCGACAAAGAAUAAAGACUUGUUUUGUGUCAGCUUUCUAAAAA